UCUGGGAGGGGUUCUGCUGGUGGGAGGGGUUCUGGGCUACGGAGGGGACGCUGAGACGGACUGUGAGGGACGGACAGACGGACGGAUGCCCAGCAGAGGCUCUGGCUGAAGUUUUUGGACCGUUCAGGAAUCAGACACAGAUCUUCUUACUUUCACAGAUGAACGUGGCUCUGAUUCAUGACCGUCUGCACAUUAAAUCGUUCUGGGAGAACCGGAUCAGCUCUGAUAUUCAGCACGCUGAGAGCGAGGAACAGAGGAUGAACAAGAGCGCCCUGAAGAAGUAAGACCUCCCUGUUGCUCUAUCA